AUGAAGGUGCCGACGCCGCAUUGCCACUAUAAAAGCAACGAGCGUUGUGAGUACGGGGCAUUGUUGAGGGUGGAGAAAAUGGUGGCUCUGCAUAGCCUCAUCGUGUUCGUGGCUUUUGUUCUCGCGAGUGGAAGUUCAGUGACAGAAGAGUACGACAACACGCCAAACAUAAGUGCUACUCCUCUUGGUCCCAACAGCAUUGGUGUGUCAUGGGACGUCGACGAAAUGAAAGGGCGGGAGGUAUCAGUAUUACUAGCUUUUGCGGUACCAUUGCCAGACUCUACUGGCAAUUUCGUUAAAAUGGCUAACGUGGACAAGGGUGAAGUUACCAUUAAUGGCUUGGCUCCGAGCACACCCUACAGAGUGAAAGUCGUUGGACUUGGAAAUGGAUGGAUCGGGGUCGACGGAGAAGAGGUAGAGGAAGAGGAGGAAGAGGAGGAGGAGGAGGAGGAGGAGGAGGAGGAGGAGGCGGAGGAGGAUGAGGAAGAUGAGGAGGAGGAUUAUGACUGGAGAAGCAAAAGCAAAUUUUCAUUUAAUCAAUUGAAGGCAAGCAAAAUCUACAUGGUGAAGGCGGAUGAUGAUCAAAAUUGGCUGGAGAAGAAGGAAGGGGAGUUAUUCAUUUGGACAACCAUCGUGGAAACACUUCCACAAGGUAAGCUUCAUUUGUCUUGCAUGCACUGCAUUUUACACACAUCCACUUCGUUCGCAUCGGUGCCACUUCAUUCCUCUGCUUUGCACGUGCACAGAGUUGCUGUGUGA